AUGACAUCUCUGAGAAUAGCCGACGCUGACAUCUCCGAUUGCUCAGAAGAGCUGACUAGAGAACCCUCCCUCAUCGAGAGGGAUAGGCAGCUGAUGCCGACGUUGACCCAAGACCACCCACCCGCAUCGCUUUUUGUCCCCGACAUCCACCCCAACGUCAUUGCGGUCUCUACUGAAGUCAACGAGUACUUUCUACAGCGAUGGCCCUUCCGGAAUGAUGCCGAACGGGCCAAGUUUCGCGCCGCCGGCUUUUCGCGCAUGACGUGCUUAUACUUCCCCAGGGCGUUGCAAGAUCGGAUCCCGUUUGCGUGUCGCCUAGUCACUCUUCUUUUCUUGGUUGACGAUCUUCUCGAAGAAAUCUCGCUACAAGAGGGGUCCGAGUACAACGAGAGACUCAUCGCCAUCUCCCGCGGAGAUAUCUCACCGGACCGCACAGUCCCCGUUCAAGCCAUCACCCAUGAGGUCUGGGAAGACAUGAGAGCCUGCGACAAGGUCCUGGCAGAUGACCUCCUCGAGCAUGUAUCCAUUUUCAUGCGCGCUCAGACGGAGAAGGCCCGCCUCACGAUAUGUGAAUUGGGGAAAUACUUGAACUAUCGUGAACGGGAUGUUGGGCAAGGUCUACUUUCGGCACUUCUGCGCUUCACGAUGAAGCUGCAUCUCAGCGAUACCGAGCGGCGCCAGGCGGCUCCCAUCGAACGCAACUGUGCUAAACACAUUGCGAUUUUAAACGAUAUCUACAGCUGGCGCAAGGAACAGCUCGCAUCACAGAACAUCCACCAGGAAGGCGCGGCUGUCUGUUCGGCAGUCCAAGUCCUGUCCAACGAGGCGACGCUAGGGUUCGCAGCGGCGCAGCGAGUACUGUGGGCGAUGUGUCGCGAGUAUGAAUUGGUGUACCGGCAGCUAGUGCAAGAGGCAACCCCUGGCAGCAGUGAUAGUCUCCACAAGUACUUGCGGGGACUUGAGUAUCAAAUGAGUGGCAACGAGCGGUGGAGCGAAUCGACCCCUCGCUACCACGGUUGA